AAUUCUUUUAAUGAAAUUACUUCUUAUAUAUUAUUAUACCAAAUUUUUAAAUAAAUAGAGAUUUUCUUUUUAUAAAAAGAAAUGAUAAUAUUAAUUAUUACAUAUUAAUGUGAAAGUAUAUAAAAUGGCAUCUUCUGAAAUUGAUGAUUUAUUGUCUGGGCCUUUAGUAACAUGGUUUGCUAGUUGCUUAGAGGAUCCUAAUUCAUUAACUAGUUAUGAUGAUUUAGUGGGUGGUGUAUUAUUACACAAUGUAUUUUUGCAAAUAGAUCCAGAACCACUAUAUAAUGAAGUUAUACCUCCAGAAGGAAAUCCAUCAAUUCGCACAAAAAAUUUAAAAGUUAUUGUAGAUAAUAUGAAACAAUUUUAUGAAGAAGAAUUAGGUCACUUACUUCUAAAGUUACCAGAUACUAUAAAUUUAGGCAAAGAACCACAAUUAUAUAUUGCUGAAAUGAAAUUAUUAUUAUUAUUACUCCUUGGUUGUGCUGUUCAAUGUCCUAAUAAAGAAAAAUUUAUUACAAAUAUAAAAACAUUAAAUGUUGAUACUCAGCUUGCAAUAGUAGAAUGUAUUAAACAAGUUACAGAUCAUCAAGAUAUAGUAAUCACUCAAGAUGCAAUGGAGAAUGUAAAUAUGGGAUAUUUAUUUGCAGAAAUAAAAAAUAUGUCUCAAGAAUUAGAUUUAUAUCGUCAGAAAUGGAGAGAUACUAUUAUAAAUGAAAGUGUUGAAAGAAAUGAUUCAUCAAUUAGUGUUGAAGCUGAAGAAAUAAAUAAAGUGCAACAAUCUAAUCCUGUUAUUAAGUCAGAACGAGAAGAAAAUCAUCAUUAUGCAGUUGAAUUGGCUGAUUGGAAAUCAAAAGUUAGAAAACAACGUCAAGAAUUAGAAGAAAAAACAGAAGCAUUGUUGGAAUGUAAAGAAGAACUUGAAUAUCAUAAAAUGUUAGUAACUAAAUUAAAGCAAGAGAAUCAAGAAUUGAUGCAUGAAGCACGUACAGCAAAAUCUUAUAGAGAUGAAUUAGAUGCUGUAAUUGAAAGAGCAGAUCGUGCUGAUCGAUUGGAAUUAGAAGUAGUAAGAUAUAGAGAGAAACUUACAGAUAUAGAAUUUUAUAAAACACGUAUAGAGGAAUUACGUGAAGAUAAUAGAGUUUUGAUGGAUACUAGAGAAAUGCUUGAAGAUCAAUUAAAUUCAUCGAGAAGAAGGGCGGAUAAAGUAUUGGAACUCGAAUCUGAAAUUAUUAAAUACAAACAAUUAUUGAAUGAUAUGGCAUUGGAACGUGCGGCUGAUAAAGAAAAAUAUCAAGAAUUAGUUGAAGAAAAUACUCAAUUGCAUAAAUUAACAAAAGCUGCUGCAAAUGAAGCUGCCUUAUCUAGUUCUAUAAGUGAUUCUGAAGAACCAGCACAUGCUGAUAACAGAUUAUCUGAACAAUUAACAAAUAAUGCACAAACACGAGCUCUAAAAUUAGAAUUGGAAAACCGUCGAUUGGUUACUUUAAUAGAUUCUUUAAAAGAAAGUUCAUUUCAUGAAAAUUCAUCUCGUGUAUUAGAAUUAGAAAAAGAAAAAAAGAAAUUAUCUUUAAAAAUCGAAUCGUUAAAUGAUAAUAUUGAAAGAUUAACUCAACAAAAUUCAGACUUGGAAUUAGUAUGGAAACAAGCAUUAGAGGAAAAUAAAAAAUUACAAAAUUCAUUAAAAAAUCAGAGAGCAUCGUCUGAAAAACAACAACAAGAAUUUCAAACUCAACAUACAAAAAUGAUAGAAUUGGAAAAAAAUUAUGACAUAGCGGUGAAAGAAAAACAACGUGUUCAAUCUUUAUUAGAAAGCGUUCAAAGACGAGCGGAUGAUUUAGAACGUAGUUUAGAACUUGCGAAUCAAAAAAUUGAAGAAUUAAAAAUUAUCGAAAAUAAUAUAAAAGAAAUUAAUUCUAAAUGUCUUGAUCUUGAAUCAAAACUUGUGGCAGUAGAAAAAGAAAAAGAUGUAGCGCAACGCGAUAUUCAUCGAUAUCGAGAAACGAUAGAACGAGAUAAAUUUCAGGAUAAGGAUGUUGCAUUGGAUAAAGCAACAAAUACUAUUGAAGUUUUAGAAAGAAAAAUAACACAACUUGAACAGGAACUUCAUGAUUCUGUUACACAAAUUUCAAGGUUACAAGAAAUUGAAAGAUCUAGUAAAGAAUUAGAUUCACGAGCAGCAAUUGAUAGGGAAACGUUAGAAAUUUUACAGUCAAAUUUAGUAGCUGAAAAAUUGAAUACUCAACAACUAUGUACAGUUUUAGAAAAGCUUGGUCUCAGUGAUAAUAUGUUAUUAUCUCUUCCAUUAGAUAACAUUAUUAAAAAAAUUGCACAAAUUCCGGAGGUCAUUGAUUAUAUAUUGAAAUCAAAUAAUUCCUGUUCUAGUGAAAAAUCAGUACCUGAGUCUAUAAAUUCCGAGAACAGUGUAACUAGCAGUAUUCAUAAUACAUUAGAAGCAACAGUAGAAUCACUUAAAAAAGAACAAGAACAUUUAAAUAUGAAAUUAGUUACUGCACAAACAGCAUCAGAAAGCUUUUUAUCUGAAAAUGCGAAACUUCAAGUACAGAUCACAACAUUACAAUCUCAAAAUAAUUCUUUAACAGCACAACAUACAGCAUUGCAACUGGCAAAUUCGCAACUUGUUGCUGAAAAAGAAGAGUUAUUAAAAGAACGAAGCGCACAACAACAAGCACAUACACAACUUCUUCAUGACCAAGUUACUUUGCAAUCAUUGCAUGAACAAUUAAAUAAUGAAUAUGAAAAUUUAUUCCACGAACACGAUGCUUUGAAAUCAAAUUUACGAGAUGUAAAAAAUGAAAUUAGAAUGUUACGCGAAUCUUACGAAGGGUUAAAAGGAAGAAAUAAGAUAUUGCAAACUGAAAAAGAAUCAUUGGUCAGUGAUGCGAAAAGUUUAAAUAAUUUAAGAGGAGAACAUUCAAAACUUAAGGAUGAUUUUAGAAAUUUGUAUACUGCUACAGAAAAAUUGAAAAUGGAAUACAGAAAUUUGCAGGAAGAUUAUCGGAAAAAUAAGAUUGAAACAAAUCGAUUAAGUCUAAAAUUAACAGAAAUGCAAGGUGAACUUAGCACCAGAGAUGAAAGAUGUUCGAAUUUAGAAUUUCAAAUCAAUACAUUAAAUCAACGAUGUGAGAUGCUAUUACAUAUGAAUUCCGGCUUAGAUAAUGAUAGGCGAUCAUUAAUGGAUCAUAUUAGUUUAUUGUUUAGUCAAUAUCACGAACUCUUAACUCAUUCACUUGAAGAUAAAGAACAUUACCAUAUGGAAGAGAAAAUGUACACGUUAGUAUUUUCAGAAGGAAAAACUUAUGAAUCAGAAUCUGGUGGAAAUGAUUCCGAUGCUAGUACAGAAGAUCAUCGCAUAGCAGGAUCAGCUAGAGGUCUUGGAUCGGAUGCAUUGUCUCUUGGUCAUCCAGGAACUAGAAGAACAGUGUAUUAUACGGAUGAUUCUCCACCACCAUCAAGCACAUUACCAGAACAGGGAGACGAUAGACGUUCUAUAUUGUUAGAACAAACUUCAAGAUCGGAGGUGCAAGUAGAACCACGACCGGUUCUGAUAUAUAAUAAAGUAUCAGCAGUUAUAAAUGAAUCAAAAAAUCUUAAUAAUAGCGGAAUGAAGAAUGUAGCACAAGAGGAAACAAUGAUGGAAACGCCUGUGGAUAAAGAUUCAAAAACAGGCAAUCAAGUAUGGUACGAAUAUGGUUGUGUAUGAUUUUAUAUUAUUUGCAUGCUUCCAUUUAUUUGCGUGCUUGUUACGAAAAUUGCAUUUUUAAUAUUAUAUAAUAAUAUAAAUAGAUUAUUUAUCAUUGUAAUCCAAUGAAUGUUUUAUAUAAAUUCGUAUAAAUGUUAA